GGCUCCUCCAGAGCUGAGCAUGGGCUGUCCACGGGGAAACUGACCAGCCAGUCCCACACAGCACAGCCCAUCCUGCCUGCCUACCUACCUACCUGCCAGCCUACCUGCCAGCCACCGGUCUGCAUCCUUUCCUCAUUGACGUCUCCUUAAUAGCCAAGCUUACAGGACUUCAGUCACUGCUGCCGCCGCCAUGGCCACCUCUGCAAGUUCCCACCUGAGCAAAGCUAUAAAGCACAUGUACAUGAAGCUGCCUCAGGGUGACAAGGUGCAAGCGAUGUACAUAUGGAUUGAUGGGACUGGCGAGUUCCUGCGUUGCAAAACCCGGACACUGGAACGUGAGCCCAAGAACGUUGAAGAUCUACCAGAGUGGAACUUUGAUGGCUCUAGUACCUUCCAGUCAGAGGGCUCCAACAGCGACAUGUACCUUGUGCCGUCUGCCAUGUUCCGGGAUCCUUUCCGCAAAGACCCCAACAAGCUGGUCCUGUGUGAGGUCUUAAAGUACAACCGCAAGCCUGCAGAAACAAAUCUAAGGAACAGCUGUCAAAGGAUUAUGGACAUGGUGUCUAACCAGAACCCCUGGUUUGGGAUGGAGCAAGAAUAUACCCUUCUGGGAACAGACGGACAUCCAUUUGGCUGGCCUUCCAAUGGCUUUCCUGGGCCACAAGGGCCGUACUACUGUGGAGUUGGAGCAGACAAAGCUUAUGGGCGAGACAUUGUGGAAGCCCAUUAUCGAGCCUGCCUAUAUGCUGGUGUGAACAUUGGAGGCACAAAUGCAGAGGUUAUGCCUGCACAGUGGGAGUUCCAGGUGGGUCCUUGCGAAGCGGUUGACAUGGGCGACCACCUCUGGAUUGCUCGGUUCAUCCUUCAUAGAGUAUGUGAAGACUUUGGUGUCAUUGUCUCUUUUGACCCCAAGCCCAUCCCUGGAAACUGGAAUGGGGCUGGAUGCCACACUAACUUCAGCACUAAGCCUAUGCGGGAGGAUGGAGGCCUCAAGCACAUUGAAGAAGCCAUUGAGAAGCUGGGCAAGCGCCACCAGUACCACAUCCGUGCCUACGAUCCCAAAGGGGGGCUGGAUAAUGCAAGGCGCCUGACUGGUUUCCACGAGACGUCAAACAUCCACGAGUUCUCUGCUGGGGUAGCCAACCGAGGUGCCAGCAUUCGCAUCCCAAGGAAUGUGGGCCAAGAGAAGAAGGGCUACUUUGAGGACCGUCGGCCAUCGGCCAACUGUGACCCUUACGCUGUGACCGAAGCACUAGUCCGCACUUGCCUCCUCAACGAAAGUGGGGAUGAGCCGUUUGAGUACAAGAACUAAAAUGGACUCUGUCCCACAGAUACCCACUCUCUUUCCCCUUCCAUAUUUCCUCUGUUCUAGAUGUUAAUUCUGAGGGCAUGAGAUACUAUGUUUGUGCCUCACCUUAAACUCACCCUCGUUUCUUCUUGUGGGAGGGGGGGAAAGUCUAGUCUCUUUCAGUGUUUGUUCUGUCAUUUGAACGGCAAGGAAGAGGAGGCGUGUGUGCGUUAGAGGAAACAAACCUGAGUUAACCACUACUUCGUGUAAUUCAUCUGUAUGUCUUGACAGGGUUUUGGUAGCUUCCAGGAACAGACAGCACAGUGGGGUGGAAGGAUAAGAAAAUGUUUGUUUAGGGCUUCACUGCCCCCCCCUCCAAAUUUGCCCUUCCUGGGUCCUGCUGAACUGAAUAGGAGUUGGGUGGAAGCAGGGCUUUGCAUUGUUGGUUCACUUCAGUGGUAUUUCAAAAUGAGGAGAGGUUCAGCAUCCCGCCACUGAGAAAACUUAACUCAUGGUGCUACCAUACACAACCUAGAUCCACAAGCCAGCUCUCUCAAGGGCCUAUGGGCAUUUGAAUCGCUUCUCAUAUGAGAGAGAACGUUUGCCAGCGCUAGAACCUCAGGCCAUUCCUACAGUCAUGUUUCCGGUCCCCAGACGAAAAUUUAUUCUAGGUUUUAUUAAAAGGCUGUCAAAUACUUUGACCUGUUUCUGGAAGCUGUCUGAUUUUCUGUUUCUAACAGAGUGAACUAGUUUUUAUAUAUAUAUUUAAAUGUCUAAAAACACACAAAAACAGUUUUUCGUUUUGUUUAAAAGGUCCACUAAAUCAGCCAUUUGCAGAGGGAUGGAGAUUGCUGCAGGUGUCUUUGUGGGUUGUUAAGACUCUGGAUUAGAAUGAGGAGUCAGGAGCAGAAAAGCUUGUUGAGAAGAGAGAUUAGCUGUGGGUUGUUUUUUUUUAUGUUCAAGAGCAGCUUUGAUGGUUCAUUAUAGACAAGGGGCUAUCCGUUUACAAGCUUGUAAGUUAAAAUAGGUAUUAAUUUUUAAUUUAAAUUGAAGCCACUGGGCUGUCUGGGCAGGACCGCGUGCGGCUGGCUGCAGAAACAAAGAUGCAUCUGUGCUUCAAAUAAAGAGUUGGCUGGUCAACUUUAACCAUGUUAUUGACAAGUAUCUGGCAAGGGGAUGCGUGGUGGUGGUGGUAAAGAGCACGUUAAAAUUUUCAGCAGGAUUUGCAUGUCAACUAAAGCAGGGCUUUUGAUAAAGGAAAAAAAAAGAGAGCGGGGAAAUGGGUUUUUAGAGAUUUUAAAUAACACAUUUUUAGGGUUUUCUAAAGUUGUACAGUUUUACAGAGACCACCGCUGUUCCUGUAGGUAUGUCCUGGCACUCAAAAAUGCCUGCCACUUUUGCCAGGAUUCCACUAUUAAGCAUAGCUGUCCUCAGAGGUAAUGCUAGCGGGUUCAAACGUUCCGGGAUUUUGUACUUUGGUAUCUUGGAUGGUGCCAAACAGGUUCUGCUGCAUUUGGACUUGAGAAUAGGGAUAUUUUUUUUGUAAUAAAAACAAAAAAACCAAACCCA